AUGUAUGAAGACAAGUUGCAGCAUGUUCAACUUUCAAUAACAUCUUGGGAGAACUGUCCUGGAAAUCAAUCGAUUAAAAUGUAUGCUUCGGCCAAUGAUACUUAUGGCGAUCAGAAUAAAAUUUUUAUCUCUUCAUCUAUUGAUAUAUCACGUGACGUAAAAGAUUUAAGUGAACUUACAUUAGAGGUUCAUCGAUGUGAUUUUGACAUGAAAAAGUGUGAAAAACCAUUUCCGCUGAGAUUCACUGAUUUAUGCAAAAGUUUCAAUGACAAGAGCGCAUUUUUUUAUGGGUUUAGAUCAAUGAUAAAACCACCAUUUGUAUGUCCGAUCAAAGCAAAUAAAUACACUGCCCCAAAUGGGUCAUUUGAUUUAAGCGCGGCUUACUUUCUUCCCAUAAGAGACAAUGUUUGGGUGACAAAGGCAAAGGUUUAUUGCAAUGAAGGAAAGAAGCGGGAAUUGGUGUUAUGUGUCUUGACAGCUAUAAAGUAUAAAGUAUCUCAAACAAGAGCUAGAAGAGUUGGUUCCCGUCAAAAGAAGAUAAAUCAGAAGUGA